CGGCCGGCUCCGCCCCCAUGGGCGGGGCCUGGGGAAGCCGCGGGCGGCCGGCUGCGGCCCGGGAGCUGCUGGAGCUGCUGGAGCUGCUGCUGCGGCUGCACCCGCGGCGCCGAGGCCGAGGCGGAGGCCGAGGCGCGCGCUUGGCGAACCAGCCGGGUCCGCGCGGCUCUGCUGCACCGGUCCCUGCGGCUGCCUGGGCGUCUCGGCUGAUCUGUGCACUGCCCCGGCGAGGAUGCGGCUGUUCAGGCGGCUGCUGAAGCAGCCGGUGCCCAAGCAGAUCGAGCGCUACUCGCGUUUCUCGCCAUCGCCGCUCUCCAUCAAGCAGUUCCUGGACUUCGGGAGAGAUAAUGCGUGUGAGAAAACUUCAUAUAUGUUUCUACGAAAGGAGCUUCCUGUGCGACUGGCUAACACAAUGCGAGAAGUUAAUCUUCUGCCUGAUAAUUUGCUUAACCGCCCUUCAGUGGGAUUGGUUCAGAGUUGGUACAUGCAGAGCUUUCUUGAGCUUUUAGAAUAUGAAAAUAAGAGCCCUGAGGAUCCACAGGUCUUGGAUAACUUUCUACAAGUUCUGAUUAAAGUCAGAAAUAGACACAAUGAUGUGGUUCCUACAAUGGCACAAGGAGUGAUUGAAUACAAGGAGAAGUUUGGGUUUGAUCCAUUCAUUAGCAGUAACAUCCAGUAUUUUCUGGAUCGAUUUUAUACCAACCGCAUCUCUUUCCGCAUGCUUAUUAACCAGCACACACUUCUGUUUGGUGGUGACACUAACCCUGCUCAUCCUAAACACAUAGGAAGUAUUGAUCCCACCUGCAACGUGGCUGACGUAGUGAAAGAUGCGUAUGAGACUGCCAAGAUGCUGUGUGAACAGUAUUACCUGGUAGCUCCAGAGCUGGAAGUUGAAGAAUUCAAUGCCAAAGCUCCAGACAAACCUAUUCAGGUAGUUUAUGUGCCCUCCCAUCUGUUUCACAUGCUAUUUGAGUUGUUCAAGAAUUCGAUGAGAGCAACAGUCGAACUAUAUGAAGAUAGAAAAGAAGGCUACCCAUCUGUUAAAACCCUUGUUACUCUGGGUAAAGAAGACUUGUCCAUUAAGAUAAGUGACCUAGGUGGUGGGGUCCCACUUCGAAAAAUAGAUCGUCUUUUUAACUACAUGUAUUCAACUGCUCCUAGACCCAGCCUGGAGCCUACAAGAGCUGCCCCUCUGGCUGGAUUUGGUUAUGGUUUGCCAAUUUCUCGUCUGUAUGCUAGAUAUUUUCAAGGAGAUCUAAAACUCUAUUCCAUGGAAGGAGUGGGCACUGAUGCUGUUAUUUAUUUGAAGGCUCUUUCAAGUGAAUCAUUUGAGAGACUUCCGGUUUUUAAUAAGUCUGCAUGGCGCCAUUACAAGACCACACCUGAAGCCGACGAUUGGAGCAAUCCCAGCAGUGAACCCCGAGAUGCUUCAAAAUAUAAGGCGAAACAGGACAAGAUCAAGACUAAUAGAACUUUCUAGAGAACUGAAUGCUUCCGUCCUCUGAAGAAAGAUUGUCUUCCACAAGUCAACCAGAGAGAACUCUUUUCCUCCACCAGCUCUGAGCGUGGCACCAUAGUCAUUCCAGUGCUUGAAUGUGCAUUUUCUCCACACGAGCUGGACCUUUUCCACAGAAACCUUCCUGUAACUACUCCAGAUCUUCCACUGAAGUAGUGACUUGAGUCAUUUUUCAUAGAACGUUGCUGUGAUUUGGUUGGCACCUGUCAGAGAGCACAGAGCCUCGUUAGCGCUCUCGUGUCCUCAUCCCUCUCUCCUCAUCAUCAUGGAGUUGAGUGUCUACAACCUCCGCAGGAUUCUAAGCUUCCUCCUCAUUGCAGAUACAGCAGAUCUCUACUGUUGCUCUUUGUGACCAAAUACCAUGAUUGUCCUAAACCACCGAGGCCUGGGGAAUCUGGAAGUUGAAGACAUCAGCUCAGCGUAUCUUGAUAAUUCAGUCCCAGGGCCCAUCUGGUCUCAUAUGCAUCCCUCCUCACUCUCUGAUUUCUUCCAUCUUCCAUCCGAUCAUAUUCUCAUUGUGAGGUUUGGGUGCUUUCGCGUUAGAUCUUACUCUUUGAUGCAUUGAUUUUAUUUUAAAAUUCAUUUGUAUACUUUCAUUCUGUCGAUUAAAGCGUUCCAAAAGUUGUCUUGGAAUUUUUCACUUAACCACUCGGUUUCAAAGAUCUUAAGUGAAAAACUACCUUCUGGUCAUUAUCAAGUUUGUAAGGAGUGGGAAGUGGAGUUUUUAUGCUUAUGUAAAAAUGUUACUAAUCUAGUACCGUACCUUUGUCAUAUUGCUUUGUAGUUUUCUAAAAGAAUUAGAAAUCCCUAUGUGAUGCACUUUACUAGUUGUAAAAUAGACUAUUAAAGGGAAAAGUUCUUCUUUUAUUUUAGUUUAUUUUGAAAAAUGCCCUAGGUCUUCAUAAUUUUCGUUUUCAUGUAUUUUAGCCAGUUUUAGAACUGUUGAUCUGAUUUUCACGAUCCUUUUCUUUUUGCUUAAAGUUGGAAUUGGCAGAGGACUUGGGGUGAGGAAAGAGGAACCGUCUUAUAUUUACCUUUCGAAAUGGAAGCUGAGAGUCUAGAUUAAAACCCGCAUUUGUACAGCUC